CUUGCCCAUUGCCCAAGAUGAGGACUCAUCUGCUUUGGUUGUUGCCCCUGAUUCUGCUGGGCUCCUCAGCUCAGGCGCUGAAAUGUCACGAGUGUAGUACCACCACCGGAAACUGCUACAACCCUAGAUCUUGCAGCGACAAGAGCCGCUACUGCUUGACCACCUGGUAUGCACCCCCAGGCCAGCAAACGCUCAUCACAAGAACAUGUGGAUUUACCUGUCCCGAUGUCCUUCAGAACCAGAAUAACUCCAAGGCCUCCUGCUGCAACACGGACCUCUGCAACAGUACCGUGAGCCUUCACGCCAGCUGGGUGCUGCUGAUUCUCAGUGUCUGCUUUAUCUAUCUCAGCCGAUAAGAGCAGAACUCCCACGUAGGCUUAGACGCUGCUGCUCAGAGCCAGGUGUCAUCAUGUGACUGAAAUGUUUCAUAGCGUUAGGUGUGGUACUUCUACUCCAGUCAGAAGAAUUCUAAGAGAGACUGUUCACUGAGUACGAUCACUAGAGCUGAAGAUGGGGGCCCUGGAGCAGGACCACAGGCAGAGGCUUUAGGCUAAAGGAGACCCUCGCCUCUGUCCAGGGUGCUGUAUGUGGAGCUCUGUCUCCAAGGUCGCCAUCUGCUGGCCUCCAAGUGCAGGUGCAAGGAAGACAUCAUGGCUGUGAAUCUGUUACCGGGGAUUGUGGAAGGCCCCCCCCAGGAGGCACAGUGAAUUGUUUGGGGGGCUUCUUCUUUUCAUAUAUCCCACGGAUCCCUCCUUGCAACUACCUCAGAAGACCUGAGUCUGAUCAUCACCACUUCAAAAGAGCUGAGCUCCAGUGUUACCUGCUGAUUCCUGGACCGGUAGUGAAAUUUGCUGCUUUAACCUGAGUUCAAAGAUUCUUGGCAAAUGAAAACCCUGAGGAGAGGCCUUCAGUCCGGCUGUGGGCGAAGGGCAGAUGUUGGACAGUUUUUCCUUGAACAAGGCGUAGGUCAACCCUGGUAUUAGCACAGUUGUUAUGUGCGAUGCCCUCUGUGUAGCCUACAGCCCCAGGAUACCUUACCCUUCAGAUGAACCCUGAGGAUUCUAUUCUAGGAUGACAAGAAUCUCAUCAGGACUUCAGGAGCUUCUGUGAUCUCCAGUCUAUUUGGAAACAAAGGACAGUCACAACUGGGAGGGUGAGGGCAGGCUUUGUCCAGCUGUGAAGCCUGAGGGGUUUCUGCUAUGGAAUAAUCCUUCUGCACGUUGUGAACAUGUGUUGUCCUCACUGUUAAUAAAAACAGACUGGCCGAUAGCUAGGCAGGGCUUUCAGGGCAGAGAGAAUGCUAAAAAGAAGGGCAGGGUCUGAGGAGUCUUGAGCCAGAUGUGGAACAUGGGAAGUUCAUAGAUGAGGGAAACGAACCCUGGGGCAGCAAUAGAUUAAUAGAAAUGGGUUAAUUUCAGUUGUAAGAGCUGGUUGAAGUUAAGCCUAAGCUAUC